GGCUGCUCCGUCACUCUCAGGGCAUGAUGUGGGCAGAGUUAUCGAGUAACGGCGUGGAUUUUUAUUUUAAAACCGAUGCUUAGUAAAUUAUUUUUUACCGAGUGCAGAAUAUUUAUGUUAUGUUUAUGUGAAAUUUGUUUUUGUUGGGUUAAGCUUUAUUUUAUAAACCGAAGAAAUGAUCAGCAUACCUGGUUUGUAUAAUCGGUUCGAUAUGUCCGACUUCCAUAACCGAAGCCAGGUCAGCGCACGACGCAGCGACUAUAUCUGGCAGUAUGAGUAUUACGACGACGAGGAACCCGUGUCUUUUGAUGGGCUUAAAGCGCACAGAUACUCCAUCGUCAUUGGCUUCUGGGUGGGAUUGGCAGUUUUCGUCAUUUUCAUGUUCUUCGUUCUCACUCUGCUCACAAAGACUGGAGGACCACACCAGGAAAACCCAGACUCGGUUGAAAAGCAUCAGCGACCAGAGGGACGACUGGUAGAGAUUAAUGGCCACCUGGAGGAGAACGACAAAGCUUUCUCCCGCCCACUGUUGGAAGGCUCACGUUCAUAUUUUAAUUUCUACAUCAGUGAGGAAGACCAAGCCCAGGAGAAACAGAAACCAGAAGACAAAAAGAGAUCUACAAAAGUUAUAGCUGGAAGACAUUUGUGCUCCUCUGAGAUAGAUGAGAUGGAUGAGGACAAUGAAGAAAGUGGAGGACACCAACCUCUGAAUGGUCUAACUGAGAAUAGUAUGACAGACAGAGAGUGUGCUUUCAUGUCUCACUUUAACAUCCCAAACUUUGUGAACUUGGAUCAAAGCUCCACACUUGGAGAGGACGAUCUGCUCUAUGAGCCGUCCGUUGUCCUGGAGCGUCAGUCACAAGCUUACAAUGCUCAUCGGGACACCCACUAAGACAGAUAGAUGCAGCGGUCUUCUAAAACAAUUUGGUUUGCAUCCGACGGUUAGAUUGAACAGAGGGAAACGUGCACCUGCUACUCCUCUCUUUCUGCAAAAGGUUUAAAAUGACUUUUUAAUGUUUUCUUAAAAAUACAGGCAUUGGAUUUAGAUUUACAAGAAAGAGAGUGGAAAGCAUAGUCUGCAAAAGUAAACUCAGAGUAACAAGAUGAGUUUUCCUUCAGAAGAGAAGAUUGUUUCGUAAAUAAUACCUGUUAUUUCAAGUACUGUGAGUCUGAAUUGGAUCCAGCUGGGUUGCUUUUGGAUUCGCACAGAAAAAGAGAAUAAUGAAAGACAAGAGGGGGUCACUAGGAAAGAAUGCACUGGGGAAAUUAUUCUGCUAUUCUUGCUGUUUUUGGUACACUCUAAGAUUGUGAACAAAGGUUCCUAUCUGUGGGUGAGAAACAGAGACAAGGUGGUUGAUCAGCAUAGAGAAACAAUAAAAUAAAUGGAUAUUGUUGUUAAGUCAAACCAUAACAAAAGUGAAAUG